UGACAUCAGACUUCAUUUGGCCGCCAUCUUUGUGCUGCAGUCAUCUGUGAAGCAGGUUCCCGUUACUCCUUUAGAUCUUCAAAUCGACGAUUGAAAUUAGAAUUAUAAACCACUAUGUCAGAAGACAAUCCCUAUGUAAUAGUAAGGUCUGCACCACCAGCACAGAACCCCCAAGCCGGGCCAGGGGGGCCACCUGCCUCCAUGGAGUCAGGUGGACCCGGAGGCCCCCCUCGGGAGCAGAGCAAGAGGCUCCAACAGACUCAAGCUCAGGUGGAUGAGGUUGUGGAUAUUAUGCGAGUGAAUGUUGACAAGGUGCUGGAGAGAGAUUCCAAAAUAGCUGAGCUGGAUGAUAGAGCUGAUGCACUACAGGCGGGAGCUUCUCAGUUUGAAGCUAGUGCUGGUAAACUCAAACGAAAAUAUUGGUGGAAGAAUUGUAAGAUGUUGAUAAUCCUGGGAUCAAUUGUUGCUGUAAUUGUAAUCAUAAUCAUUGUGUGGGCCGUCACAAGUCAAGGAGGAGGAAGUUCCAGCAACAACAACAACAACAACAGCCCUGCGACUAUCGACAACAACCCAGCAAGCGGAACAACACCUGGUACAAGGCGCUAAGUCUCUCCUUCAUGUUAGCGUUAUACAAGGGCAGACAACUCCUCAUUGGCAGUAGGCCUCUGCCCCCCAAAAGUACUUCAGCAUAUUUUGAUACGGACAUCGCAAGGACAGUGAUUGUGGCGCACUUAGAACUAUUUCCAACCAACACGUAGCCUUUGACAUUUCUAUUACUCUUUGUUCAAUUUCAUUGAUGAUGUCAUAUAAGGAAUGCUAAAAGACGCAGUGCGAAUACUUAAUCUUUUCAGAUUGUUAAAUUAUUUAUCUUUGACAGUGUGUUUUGCAAGAUUCACUACUGUUAAUUGUAUAGUAUAUUUUGUUGAAAUGUUUCAAAUAUGUAUCAUUUAAAUUAACCUUUUAUUGUUCAUAGUUUUCACUGUUUGAAGCUUUUUGUUGUGUAUGACUCUGUAUACUUUAUUAACCAGCCGAUCUGGUGCGAGUGGUAUUAUGUCUGUGAUAAGUACAGCAAUCAGUGAUUAAUUAGCAAAAUAACCAUGAAACUUCAUUGCAUCAGUAGAUGUUUAAACUAAGUGGAACAACCUUCUGUAGUAACUCAAGACAGUGUGAGAUAUCCAGCAGGAUAGAAACUCUCUUGUGCUACUGCUUCACAAAUGUUUCCCAGAUACUAGCCAGAGUCAGUCUUUCAGCAUCAUGUUCCCAUACAUAUUGGCAGAGAGAGAGCCAUGUUGCAAUGGUUGCAUGUAAUAACUUAUAAAACAACAAGUUUUGAGAUUCAAAUUUUAUUCCUGUUUGAAGAACCUGUUAAUCGAGUACGCUUGUUCAGUGUAGCUGCUCUGAUGGGUUUUAAAAUUCAAGUUCUGUUCCUGAUUGAAGAACCUGUUGAUUCAGUCUGCUUGUUAAGUGUAGCUGCGUUAUAUAAUAGUGAUGGAGGAUGUGAUGUCUGUUGACAAUAUUUCAUCCUGACUCAGAGUUCUGAGAAAAGGGGGUGGAACGUCAUACAUUCCAGAAUGUGUAUUUUCAUUUUCACCUCAUUUUACCAGAGCGAUUGUGCAUUUUGUGUUGAAAUCCUCUUCAAUCCGUAUCAAAAUCUGAUGAAGACUACUGACCCCUAGUAUCCAUUCUAAAAUAUUGGCUAGAACUAGUUGUGAAAAGGAUGGAAUAAUUGUAACAUAAGGUGUACAUUUAGUCCUUUGUGUAUAUGAUGCCUCAGUUUACCUAUCAUGUGAUCAUUUCUUUCUUGCUUUUUUAGACCUUUUAAGGUUUAUUCAUUGGUUCCAUCUUUCACUUUGAGUUGUGAAUAAAUGAUAAGCCCGAGGAAACUCACAGAAGAUGUGUUACUCAAUUCCUUUGAGACUUAUUCAUUUCUGUAUCUGUUUGUUUUGCUGUGUUUUCAUGGGACAAGGGUCAUCAGUCAAAUUUAAAUUUGUUUCAGCAGCGUAUACAAGUUAGGGUUUGGUAAAUAUCAGAUUUACUAAAUGGCCCUAACACAUUUAUUGUCCAUGCUAUUGUUAAUCAUAUAUAUAUUUGAGACUUUACUGUGUUAUGAGAAGUUACUUGUUUAUUGUUUGACAUUUGAGAAAUUAAGGAAAAGGAUUUUAUCUUGCCAUCAUGUUCCUGGAAUUGAAGUAUAUCAUCAUCUGAUGAGCCUUUUCAAGUUGUUCCUGUAGUUGCUGCUUUAGUUAGUUCUGGAAAGUAUAAAUUGUAUACAUCUUGCAUCAUUGGCGUUUUGAGAAUGAGGAAUUUCUUGUAAAUGCAGGUUGUAAGUAUGCAAGAAACUAGUUGUAAAAAGUAGUCCAAGUCUCAACUAAUACCUGUCUUCUGAUUGCCACGAUUGUAUUGUUAGCUUGUACAUACAGAAUAUCAAACUAUAUAACUCUUGUCCUGUGAGUAGAAUGAAGCUCUUCUUAUAUUGAUAUUUCUCUUGAUGAUGAAAUCAUUGAUUUUCAAGGAUUGUCUGUCAACAUUUCCUGAGCUGGAUUUAUAGGUGAUGGUCAAGUUGGAAAAAAUAGAGUGAGGUAAGAGUUUCAAGAAAGAUGUCCCCACCUUUGUAGUGAUGUGUUUACAUAUUACUUCAGGACAGGGUUGGAUUAAUUUAAUGGACAAGGCAAGUACCAUUUCUUUAUGGUGUUGGGAUUUGUCUAUAUCGUUCAUAACAGAAUGAAGCUCAGAUUCUUGGAUUCAGUCUGAUGAAAACCAUAUCUGGUACGUUGCUUUCUGUCACAUUCAGAAGAAGAAAAACAACCUUGACCUCACUGUAACUUCACCCUUGGUCCAUUGAAAAAAUUAACCUUAAAACCAUUUUGACCUCAGUGAGUGCCUGCAUGGGGGUCUGUUUAAGUUUGGGUACACAAUUUGUAUUGAGAAUAUGUUACAUUCCACUAUAAUGGAUUAUGGGAGUACUAAAAUCUCCUAUAUUAGGGACUCGUCACUGCUUAAGCCUUCCUUGGUCAUCAAUGUUUUCACAUCAUUUCCUACCAUUCAUUCCAGCAGAUUUAGAUUUUGUGGUUCAUGUAUUACACAGUAUGAAAUAAUUGCUGGUGAAUCUGUUGAGUAUGUGACAGGCUUGUUGCACAGCAGUUAUAUGCUACUGUGGUGAGAGACCUCAAGGUACCAAGUCUGAGAAUCUCUCUUCGGCUGAGUUCUGGCUUCAUCUAGUGUCACCGCCAUUGUAUAGAUGUCAUCACUUAUUGUCCUACUGCACCUAGAAUAUGUUUACAUGUUGCCAUAGCAACACAUAGAUCUAUAAAAACAACUGCUCACAUCCACAUCAGGGAACUGUUCUGUAUCAGUUGUCCAUAGAUCUGUUUGAGCUGGACUUUAGGUAUUUUGUGCCAGUAAUAGCUGUGAUGAUGUCAGUCUGAUGUCAAUGAAUGAAAAAGAGAAGAAACUUCAAAUCCUGGCAUUUCGAUUUGUGAUCUGUGCCAAAUGCUUUCACCUGUGUAGAUCUUUGGUAUUGCUUCAAUUUGACUGUAUUCUUAUGGGCAUUUUAUUAGCACAGUUUACAUGACAAUACAUGUAUGUACCAGAUAGGGCUUCAGGCUAGUUAAAGGGAUGAACCUGCAGCUUCAUAUUUAUGGACUUAAACAAGCAUCAUCUGUAUAUUCUCAUAGACUUUUCAAAAGGUAUAUGAAAUCAGACUGAUACUGUUAGGUUCAGUCUUCAAAAGCUGGAAAGAAUUAAUCUCGACUGAACAUUCUUUUAUGGCUUGAGGUCUGUUCUUGCUGCCCAGUGACCAUCUUGUGCAACAUGAAGCCCACCUCGUGUAUGAUUCUGAAGACUGAAAGGUGUGUCUGCUGCUCAGAAGAUGCAGUUCUCUGUAGACAAGAUGACAGCUGCCGUAUGAAUCUCGUGAGUCUUUGCUGACAUUGACAUCCUCGUGGAUGUGGACAGUUGUCCUUCUCUGCAGCAUGAUGGCAGACAGUUGCAACAUCAUAGUGGCAAACAGGUUACAAGGGAUUUUGUGCAUUUUAAUCAGUAUUUGUAAUAUAUAUUUAAUUAGCAGCAGAUGCAUGCUUUUCUGGGAAGGUUCAUCUUCAUUUGUGCAACUUGCAAUAGUUCAUGUAUUUUAGUCAGUGAAAUAUCUUCAGUCUUCCUCCAUCAGUAUAUUUUUCGUGGACAAUGUCGGAUGUGUUCAAGAUCACCAUUAUUCAAUGAGUAAUGUGAAAAGUUUACUUUGUUUUGUCUUAAUAGUCAGUAACUGAUUACAGCUGUUUCCCUAGCCAGUUGUUUGUGGGUAUUCUCUUAUCAAACUGUACUGUUAGUGGAAGUAUAGCAUACAUGGCAUACAUUUUGCUGGUAGUUCAAAUGCAGAUACUAUGCAGAGGAUCAUCCAGCUUCAUGCAAGAAAAGCUUUUGAGGUAUAUGAACAAGCUGUCUCCUUUUUUUUAAUGUUUGCAAGUUUGUAUCUGUAUGAUGGAAAUGGAUCUUAUCAGAAUGAUGUGUAUGCUGCUGCAGUUGAUGUUGUGUAUAGUGUUCACAUUGUCACCCCUCCCCGUGUCGUAGGUCACUGACACAAGGCUUUCCUAGUAUCUUGCAUUCUCUCCUGACACUCUGCUAGUUCCAAUAAAUAAAUGUCAUGUGUAUUUAUCAUUGAGUUGACAGAUUGUAUGUACAUUGUAAAUGUCAUAUGUUAAUGUAAUAAAUAAAAUUGCCUCUUGUAAAUUUA